CCUUGAUACCUCCGCGUCUCCACCAUAUACCUUUAGCAGUAUAUGUACGACCAUUUGUCAGCGACAUUAGAUAAACCUUUAUAUAUACAGUCUAUGAUAUAAACAGAUAAAUUAGAGGAUACAUUUACAGUGUUACAGUGUUUACUGCUGCAGCUGAACAACCGAGCCGAGGGUUAGUCCGGUGAGAGUCUCCACUGGACGGACAGCCGGACAGGAGAGAUAGGAUGUGGAGCUGCAGUAUUUGGGCUCUCCUGCCUCCAGUCUACUCUGCCUUCACUGCUGCGGGACUGUGGGUGGUAUACUUUGUUGCUGUCAAUCAUCAGACUAUAGCACCCCUGGGUUCAAAAUACAAGAGAAGAAAUGGAUCCUUCUAUCCUCCCUACAUUAGUGUUGCAGGCAACUCUCCACCCGCCAGCUGCAUCUUCAGCGAAGUCAUGAACCUGGCUGCGUUUGUGGGCUUCAUUCUGGCCAUCCUCAGGUACCUUCAGCUGAAACACACAGUGGUCAGUCAGUGUCUGAAUGCUGGCAGUCUGUUGGCAUUGUCUUUUGGCUGCUUUGGGAUGACACUAGUAGGAAACUUCCAGAUAUUCACUGAGGAGAUGAUCCACAACUUUGGCACCUUGAUGACGUUUGGCCUGGGCACGCUGUUCUGCUGGGUGCAGUCCUACAUCACCCUGAGAGCCAACCUGAAGAACGAAGGGAGGAAGGCCGGGAUCCUCCGCUUCCUGUUGUCCGGAUCCAUCACUCUCUGCAUGAUACUCUAUUUCUCCCUGAUGGCUCAGGGCUUCCACAUGCAGGCCGCUCAGUGCCAGUGGGCGCUGGUCAUGUUCUUCCUCAUCUUCCUCAGCACUUUCGGCAUUGAGUUUCGUCACAACCGCUUUGACAUCAUGUGUACAGAACACUCAGGGGGUCCUGAAAGCCUGUCGGACAGUUUAGAAGUGUCCAGGUACCAGCCGGACCAACUGUAAGGAUGGAUUAUCUCAUUUAAAGAUGUGCAGGUUUAACUGCAGGAAACGCAUGGAACAGCAACUUUAAGAUGCAUUUAUUCUAUAUACAAAACUGUUUUUACACCAAUUGUUUACUUUAACUAUUUGUUUCACAUCAUGACGUAAUGAAGGCAAGUUCCUCUAUAAGCAUUUUAGAAGUAGAGAAUCUGCUGGCUUUAUCAAUCAUUGUAUUUAUAUGGAAGGAUGUUUUAGUGAAUUAGUUAUACCCAGGGCCGGCCCUAGACAUUUUGGUGCCCUAGGCGAGAUUAUAAUUUGGUGCCCCGCCCCUCCAAGCAAUACACAAUAGAAUAUAUAAAGAAUAAAUAAAAAAUCUCUACUAAAGACCAA